AUGGCUGUGGGCGAGAAAGCCGCACCAUUCCGAUUGCAAAUUUUGUCCGAUGUGCAUCUGGAGAUGAGGGAGGGCAAGCUGCCCGCGGUGCCCGCGACCGCCCCCUUCCUGGCCCUGCUCGGCGACAUUGGCUACCCGCACGUUGGCGGCGACUAUCAGCGCUUUCUCCUCCACCUCGCCGACCGACCGGCGCCAGCUUCAUCAUCUGAUGUGGCACCCGAGGAGCGAGGCUGGGAUCGCAUCUUCGUGUUGGCGGGCAAUCACGAGUACUACAAGGGCCACUACGAAAAGGUGAAGCCCAUCAUCGCCGGCGUGUGCGCCAUGCGACCCGACAAGCUCAUGUUCCUCGACCGCACCGCCGUCAGGCUCGAUAAGGAGGGUGUGUGGCUCCUCGGCUGCACGCUGUGGACCCACAUCCCAGAAUCCGAAGGGGCGGAGGCAUCGCGCAUGGUCAACGACUACUACAACAUCAAGCUGAGCGUGGACGACACGAAUGCCUUCCAUGAGGAGGAGCUCAACUGGAUCAAGGAGCAGGUGGACCGCAUCACGGCCCAGCACGGGGACGACCGCAUUGUGGUCCUCACCCAUCACGCGCCCACGCCCAACUCGGUCAACCCGGCGCACCACUGCCUCGAUGCCUCGGCCUUCACCGACCUCGAGGCCUACAUCAAGGCGCACACGCCACCGAUCGCGGCGUGGGCCUACGGACACACGCACUGGUGCUCUCGAACGACGCUCGAGGGCGAGCGAGGCGGCCCCGGCUGUCAGGUGGUGAGCAACGCCAUGGGCUACCCGCGCGAAACCAUCCCCCACUUCGACAUCACCUACGCCCUCGCCCUCCCCUCUUCUUGA